AUGGACUAUCAGAAUCGCGCAGGUUCCAAGUUCGGUGGCGGUGGUGUCGCCUCACAAUCCGCAACUAACGCCGACCGACGAGAGCGUCUGCGAAAGCUUGCGCUAGAAACUAUCGAUCUCGACAAGGACCCAUACUUCUUCAAGAACCAUGUUGGAAGCUUCGAGUGCCGCCUAUGUCUGACGGUUCAUCAAAACGAUGGCUCAUAUCUGGCUCACACACAAGGAAGGAAGCAUCAGACCAAUCUAGCCCGCCGUGCCGCGAAAGAGCAAAGAGAAGGAAAGAGGGACGAUGUCGGCCAGCAGGGCCUGCUGGCGGGUGUGCAAGUCAAGAAGAACGUGAUGAAGAUUGGGCGCCCCGGCUACCGAAUCACCAAAGUACGCGACCCGAACACUCGUCAGAACGGGCUAUUAUUCCAGUUCCAGUUUCCAGACCUCACGCCGGGUAUCACUCCCAAAGUUCGGUUCAUGAGCGCAUAUGAGCAGAAGAUCGAGGAGCCCGAUCCGAACUACCAGUACUUUAUUGUCGCUGGAGAGCCCUAUGAGACAGUCUCCGUCAAGCUACAGGCUCGCGAGGUGGAUCGAAGGGAGGGCAAGUUCUGGACGUGGUUCGACGAGGACAACAAAGAGUUCUGGUGCCAGCUCCUCUUCAAGACCGAGCGCGACGAGCGCUUCAGUGCAGUGCCUGGCCUGGCCCCUGGUCGGAAAUAA